GGCAAGAAAAGUGCGUUCAGCGCCUUCGGGCUGCAUCAAAUGUGUGUGUGGUCAGUAUCCGUGCGUUUGUGUGUGCACACUACACGCGUCUGAAGCACGGAACUGUCGACUGACUGACAGGUGCGGUGCCACCGCACAUCCCCCCCUCAACCUAAUGUGUGUAUGCAUGGUACCAACAGUCAGUACCGAAACCUUCGAUAAACACCCGAUAAAUACAAAGUCCUGCCUGCCUGCAUGGCCUGCAUCACUACACACUACCUACUCACCUACUCACUUACAUGUGGUCCCAAAAAAUGUGUCGAGCGGCGAGAGAGUCACAUGACAUGCACCUCACAAAAAGGGGCACACAUCAUGACGUACGUACCUUCGGUAACCUACAGCUACGUUAGUUACGGUGCACUAAAUGGCGGGACGGUCGGUCAGUCGUAGCAUUUGUUUGCCUGGUAGGUGACGGAGCGGAUCAGCGAGCUGUAGUACCUCCCCGACGCCUUGAUCGUCCGGUUGCGCUCCGCGUCGCCGUAGUCGACAUACACAAAUCCAUACCUGACACACAGACAGACACGCGGACGGGCCCCAUCUCUCUCUCUCUCGGUGUGUGUGUGUGUGCGUGUGUGCGUAUUGUGGGGGGGAGGAUGAGGACCUCUUAUCGUAUCCGUCGACCCAGGAGAGGUUAUCGAGGAGCGACCAUGCGAAGUAGCCGCUCACGCGCACAUUGUCCUCGAGGAUGGCCUUGGACAGCUCAGCCAAAUACGUCUCGAAGUAGAAGAUCCUGCAUGCCAUGCCAUGCCAUGCGGUGCGUGGGGUGGAGACAGACAAGAUUGAUUGGGUGCAGUCAGUGCACACACAUAAUACGGCGGUGCGGUACGGAUGCAUGUAGUAUUGUACCUCACCUCAUCUGGUCGCUCAGGUAGUCCUCCACAUCUGACUUCUUCUCGUCAGACAUGCCUGCAAGCAAUGCGUUCACGUAGCAUAGACAGCACACACAGAGCAACGCCUGUCAGUCAUGUCAUGGGCAGCCCAGCCUCGAAUCCGCAUCCAUCCAAUCCACUCUCGCUGCCUCUGUCUGUACCUACCGUUUUCGGUCACGAUGAUGAACGGCGGGUUCCAUUUAUCCUGGAUGUAGGCCAGCAGCCGCCGAAACCCCUGACACAAUUUAUUAAUAACACAUACAGCACCGCAGCCAGCCACACAUGCACUGUUCAUUUCGCUCCGGUGCGUGCCCACCCAUGGGACGGCGUACAGCCACCAUGUGGCGGCGUGCGGCCCGAUGACCACGCCAUUGCGGUGCCGAGUCUCCGCGCGUGGGCUGGUGCUGUCGACGUACCUGCAGACACCGAACAGGCGGUGCGGUCACUGAAGUGUCCUCAGCCAGAUGUGUGUCUGUGUGUGUGUGACAAACAUGGUGGUGUAGUGGUUGAGGCCGAAGAAAUCAGAUGAGUUGCGGAUGAGGUUCCUGUCCGCUGCAGUCAUGUUGGGCAGCACGUGCGGGUAUUCUUUCCGAAGCGAUGCGGGGUAGAAGCCGCUGCCAUAGACAGGCUCAGCGAACCACCCGAGUGCACUGUCCAUCUCAAUUUCGCACUGCCUCUCGUCCUCGGGGUUGGAGGGGUCCAGUGGCACACGCCAGUCUGGUCACAAACACAAGACACACCAAUCGAAGUCGGCCGCAAGUGGAUAGAUCGGAUGGAUGGCGGGUGGACGUGUGACGUACCUGCGUUGAGUGUGAGGCCGACCUGUGCGCCAGGCCGCUUGGGUGCGAAGUCCUUUUUGAACAGUCUGUAGGCCUGGUGGGGGUGGAUGAGUGGAUAACACAAACGAACGCGCACCAAGGUAGGGGAGGCAGAGUAGCGGCUGCCUGCCUGUCUGGCUGUCUCGUUAAUUGGCUAACCCGUGCGUGUGCUUUGAGUGCAUUGUGGCCGCACUUCAAGUGAUCUGACUCGGAGAUUACGCCAGGGGCAUCUUCACACCAAUCAAUACAUACCAGCACAGGAAACACACACAGGGAGGGACCAAGGCACACGUGAGGCCCCCAGGCAGGCAGGCAGGCAGGCAGGCAGGAUGCUUACGCGAGCCCCAUUGGUAUCCCAGCUUGCAGAACACCCAGGGCUCGUUCAGCUGCAGCACACACAAAUCCUUACACGGUCAACACCCAAGCACACGCACUCAGCCAGUUAACUUACUGUGAUCCAGUAUUUCACGGUGGGCAGUUCGGUGAACAUGAGCUUCGCGAAAGUGACGAAGGCCUCCACGAUGCCAUCCUCGCGCCAGUCGAGGUGGUCGGGCAUGUCCCAGUGAUAGAGCGUCACCACAGGCUCGACGUUCGCCCGCUUCAGCGCCCUCACGAGAUUCUUGUAGAAGGUGAUCCCUGCAUCCACACAGAGAGGCCCAGCCAAAUCAGGGCACACAACGGGUGUUGACUUUGACAUUUGACAGUCCUGUACAGUCCCCCACCAGCUUCGUUUCUGUACAUGCCCUGCUUGAGGACGCGCGUCCAGCUGAUGGAGAAGCGGAAGUGGGUCAGGUUGAGCUCUCGCAUCGUCUCGAUGUCCUCUUUGUACUGCAGUACACGGGGGUACACACGUGGAUGGAUGAGGAAGGGUUGAUUGCAAUGCCUGCCUGAUCAGUCGGUCGGGCCGCCUACUUUGCGGUAGAAGUGAGCCGCCUCGUCGCCCGUGUCGUCAUUGGCGACCUUGCCGAGGCCCAUUGCCUUGGACUGGUGUGUGAACACGUCCCAGAUGCUCGCUGUCCGCCCUCCCUCGUUCCACGAACCCUCCACCUAACACACACACACACACACACACAUACAGCAGAGCCGCCGUUCUUCUCAUGAGGGUGUCACACACACACACACUGCCUCCCUCCCAGCUCACUCACUGACUCACCUGGUACGCGGCAACGGCAGCGCCCCACAUGAAUUCGUUGGCGUGCAGCUCUCCCCCUCUGAACAUCUUCCGGAUUGCUGCGGCCAUCUGCCCCGCCGUCGACUCCUCCAUCCGCUUGCUGCCGGCGCAGUGGCUGACAUUGCUGGGCUUCCGGGACACACGCGAGUCGUCGCUUUGCAGGGCCCUGACGAGGCUGUUUGCCCUCCCUCGAGCAACUGCAUCACCGGCGUGUUUCGUCACAAGGUCUGCGGCGGUGGCGUCGGCGACGCCGAAGAAGGGGUUGGCGAGGAGCAGUGACGAGAGGAGAGGGAAUGAGACCGCAGGGAGGGAGGUCGUCAUGACGACUGUACGUGUACCACAAUUU